UGUGUGUGUGUGUGUGUGUGUGUGGGGGUGAGGAGAGAUCAUGUUGGCUAAAGUUGCAGCCUCCAUCCUGCCGCUCACACACAUUUUGCUCUUUGGCUGCAGAGAAGCUGGACUGACUGCCUGACUUUUGUGGUUCUGCUUUGAAUAGUUCUUGUGAUUUGUUUUCCUUAGUGGUUUUUGUGGUUCUGCUAUCCAGCACGCCUGCAGGUGCUGAAGAGAAGACGCAUUUUGGGAGGUUUUCUGACUAAAGAAAGUCGACAACGCGAGAUGACGGGGUCCCCAAACUACGGCCUGCCAGUGUCCAAAAUCCGGCCUGCAGGAAGACCCAAGCAGCCAACAGGCUCCUGGAGGACAUGUGUCACCUGAGCGCUCAGUCUCUAAACAGACUAGACACGGCGAAGCACUUCAAGGUGGUCAAGCUUCUAGGUCAAGGGUCGUACGGGAAAGUCAUGCUGGCCGUGCACAACAAAAGCGGUACUCCCAUGGCUCUGAAGUUCUUCCCUCGCAAGUCCACCCCCCUGCCGUCCUUCCUGAGGGAGUACAACCUCUCCUUGUGCUUCUGCACGCACCCGUCUCUGAGCCGCGCCGUGGGCAUCGCCUACUUCACGCCCUCGCACUACGUCUUCGCCCAGCAGGCCAGCCUCUUUGGCGACCUCUUUGACAUAAUCGUGCCCGAGGUGGGGCUGGAGGAGGACUGCACCCAGCGGGUGGUGUCGCAGCUGUGUGGCGCCCUGUCCCACCUGCACUCGUUGGGUUUUGUCCACAGAGACGUCAAACCUGAAAACGUCUUCCUGUGUGACUCCGCCUGUCGAUGGGUCAAGCUGGGCGACUUCGGGAUGGUGAAGUCCAAAGGCAGCAAGGUACCAGAGGUGUGGUAUUGCUCCCCAUACUGCACCCCUGAAGCUGAGGUGGCCCGCGGAAACGUGGACAGCUGGAACGACCGAAAGCCAGACAACAGAGUCCAGGUGAAGACAGACGAGGAGAAGAACCGGCGCCCACGGGUUUUGUCUUCAGUGGAGCCCAGCACGGACACCUGGGCCUUGGGCAUCCUGACCUACGCUGUGCUGACCGGCACCCACCCUUGGGCUCAGACCUGCAGCGACUGCAGCUCCUACCUCAAAUACCUCCAGUGGUUCAAUGCUGCCAAGAGCCCUAAAGACGACCUGGACGUGUGGACGGAGCCACCGCACCCGGACGCGGAUUCACCGAAGGCGGACACCGGUGGGGAAGAUAGUCCCCUCUUGGCGCCCCAGUUUGCUUGCUUCACCCCUUUGGCCCAUGCUUUCUUCCAUUUGCUCCUCGACCCCAGCCCAGAGACUCGCGGGCGACCCGAGGACGCGCUGGCGUACCUGGGAGGGGCGUGGUUACGGGAGGGGGAGCGCACUCGGCUGGACGAGGAGAGGAGGAAGAGCAGAGGGAAAGGAGCCAUGAAGAACGUGAAGGAGACGGAGGGGAGAGGACAGAGAUGAAGUCACUGGUUACUUGCUCAGAGGUGCUAAUGCUAAUUAACCUGUAGACUGUAGCAAAGCUUUGCAUUGAACACUGCAGCAACGAUACCUCCGCCAAAGUUUCGACGUGUGAAAUGAUGAGGAUGAAAAUGGAUUAGAUCUGGAUCCAUUCUUGAAAUCCCGACCUAGGUUGCUGACGGCUGCCAGCUAACCGUCCAUGCAUUGGCGCCGAUCCUGUAAGUGCUUCGGGGCCCCAGCACCCACGGACAUUGCCGAGCAACCAAGUGGGAUUGAUGGCAAAUUCUUUCUCCCCACAUGCUCAGAAAAAUAGAUUUACCGCCCGUCCGAGCACCAAGUGGCAGAAAUGUAGAUCGGCGCCUAUGCGUCCAUGUUGUUGAUUAGAAAAGUGUUGACGGGAAGUCCCACGGCCUCCUUGCACACAUGAUGCAACAGGUGAGGUUCUGUAGAGUUGUGCUGCUGGAAGGCCACCACGUCCUUGUCUGUGUCUAUAUUUGGAUGUUUUAGGGCUGCUGGCAACUUUUCCUGGCCAGCGUAUUCAGCCGAACACACGUCUGACUUCCCUGACCUCCUCACCUUUGGCAGCUGGCUAGUUAGCAUUCAGCUUGAGCGGCACUUUAGCACUGACACUUAAAAUAGGAAAAACGUUCUUAAAGAGUUUUUUUUAAAUCUUCUAGAUCUGUAGUCCUCAAACUUUUUCACCAAUACUUGGCUCUCUAAGUACCACCAUCAAAAUACAUUAGCGCAGUAGGCCUAAAUAUUCAUUAAAAACAUGGCAGAAGUAUAUUUAAUAUUUUGGCCACUGUAAAGUUACACACAGUUUGAUAGUAAGAGUGUGUUUUAAUUAUGUGAUUCUUUAUAUUUUGGUAAAACACACACACACACACUUGGGUAUUUCACAGGAUUCCUUAAUAUUUUUAUUGGAUAGUAGUCUGUUUAUUUCAAUUGUUAGUUUUUUUCCUUUAUUACCUCUUGUGUUAUUUAUUUUACCCCAUAUUUGUUCCCACUACCGCACUUUAAGUUGGAGUCUUUAAUCUCAUUAUAUGCAAAUAUAAUGAAAAUAAAGUCCAUUCUAAUCUAUUCUAUUCUAUACUUAAACCAUUGUGGGUGGCCCUGGGGGCAGUUGGGUGAAGUGUCUUGCCCAAGUACACAACAGCAUUGACGGAAAUGGCGGAAGCCGGGAUUGAACCUAGAACCCUCAAGUUGCUGGCACAGCUGCUCUACAAAGCAAGCCACACCGUCUCAAAAAUAAAUGCACAGUUGUUUAGUUCAGUCUUUAUUUGAAGGGACAAUGCACAGAAACAUAAAGCUCAAAGACAGAUAUGUUCUAUACCAGAUUAUAGCUAAAUAGCUCAUUUCCAUUUGCAGUCCCUGACUACCUAAAGUAAAGGGAUACAAAAAUCAUGCAAUAAAAGUAUAAGAAUAAAAUCAUAUUAUAGCAUGUAAUCAAAUUAAGAAAAGCCAUAAAAUGCCCUUUCAUUGACACAUACUUAAUAUACAAUACAACCACACCUCAUUUACAUCCUCACACAAAGACAAUACAUGCUCUUGUUCACAUCUUUCAUCAUUUGUAAAAACAACCAUGAUUUUAACAGACGCACCUCAAAGUUUACAACAAAAUGCUCCCAUGGAUAAAUAUAACUUGUUGUAAGCUCGAUAUGACAUCUUUCAGCAGAGGCUCGCAGGUUUGAACCCUCUGCGUAUCCUGACCCACUUGACCAAAUUCUAGUGUGGACUACCUCCAAACUCAAUGGAGUUUGACCUUUGUUUUGUGCUCCUAUCGUAACCAUAACCUGCCAAACCGUGACUUUUAUUUUGGAAGGAGUUCUUCAGGAAGUGCUGUUGUUUUGUGGGACGUACUCACUAAAAUGCAAAUAAAAACCAAUAAAAAUGACGCUAACAAGUAUUGCAAA